AUGCGGGGCCGUGGGUGCGAGGGAGCUCGGGCGGCGGCCCAGCUGUGCGCCGCGCUGACAGUGCUGCUGACGGCCGGCGCGGGACAGCGAAGGGAGGGGGGCCAGGCCGGGCCCUCCUGCUACGGGGGAUUCGACCUCUACUUCGUUUUGGACAAAUCUGGAAGCGUUCAGCACCACUGGAAUGAGAUCUAUUACUUUGUCAACCAUCUGGCGCACAAAUUCAUAAGUCCACAGCUGCGGAUGUCUUUCAUCGUAUUCUCCACCGAGGGCAGGACUCUAAUGAGGCUGACAGAGGACAGAGAGCAAAUUCGUGCGGGGCUGGAGGAGCUCCAGAUGGUGCAGCCAGGAGGAGACACAUUCAUGCACAAGGGUUUCCAGAGGGCCAGUGAACAGAUAUACUAUGGAACUGCUGACGGAUAUCGCACGGCGAGCGUGAUUAUCGCUCUGACAGACGGGGAACUCCACGAGGACCAGUUCGACCUGGCAGAGAGAGAGGCCAGCCGGUCGCGGAGUCUGGGAGCCACAGUAUACUGCGUGGGAGUGAAGGACUUCAAUGAAACCCAGCUGGCCACCAUCGCAGACAGCAAAGAUCACGUCUUCCCAGUGAACGACGGAUUUGAGGCACUCCAAGGGGUCAUCGAUUCGAUCCUGAAGAGGUCCUGCAUUGAGAUCCUGGCAGCGGAACCUUCCAGUAUUUGCGCCGGAGAGUCCUUCCAGGUCGUGGUCAGAGGAAACGGCUUCCUUCAUGCCCGAAAUGUGGACCUGGUCCUGUGCAGCUUCCGUAUUAAUGAUACCGUCACCUUGAUGGAGAGGCCCUUGGUGGUGAAGGACACCUACCUGCUGUGCCCAGCUCCAGUGCUCCAGGAAGUGGGAACGGCUGCCACCCUCCACGUCAGUAUGAACAAUGGCCUGAGCUUCAUAUCCAGCUCUGUCACCAUCUCUACCAUUGGCUGUUCUGAUGGGAAGAUCCUGGCCAUCGCUCUGCUGGUCCUCAUGCUGCUACUGGCCCUGGCUCUGCUCUGGUGGUUUUGGCCUCUGUGCUGCACUGUGAUCAUUCACGAUCCUCCACCUCCCCCACCAAUGGAAGACAGCUCGGAUGAGGAAGAAGACGGGACCCCCAAAAAGAAAUGGCCAACAGUGGACGCUUCAUACUAUGGGGGGCGAGGUGUGGGCGGGAUCAAAAGGAUGGAGGUGCGCUGGGGUGACAAAGGUUCCACAGAGGAGGGAGCGAAACUGGAGAAGGCGAAGAACGCCCGGGUUAAGAUGCCGGAGCAGGAAUAUGAGCUGCCGCCCGUCCGCACGCUCAACAAUGGCGCAGCAAUGCGCAAACCCCCCAGCGCCAGGAAGUGGUACUCCCCAAUCAAGGGGAAGCUGGACGCUCUGUGGGUGCUGCUGAGGAAAGGGUACGACCGCGUCUCCGUCAUGAGGCCUCAGCCAGGGGACAAGGGUCGCUGCAUUAACUUCACUCGAUCAAAAUCCUGCCCGCCUCCCCGCUACCCCUUCUACAACCACCACCCCCCCACCCCGAUCUACAGCCUCCCCCACAGCUGCGGCCCCGACCCUCACCAAAGCCCGCCCGCCUCCCCUACAUCCACCCUGCCCCCUCUGCCCAAAACGCGGCCCCCGUGCUCCAUCACCCCGCCCCCUUACACGCCCCCACCAAACCGCUCGCUGCCGCCGACCAACCUGGAUCUCCCCCCACCCCCAGCCCCGCCCUCGCCGCUGCCACCCACGCCCCUUUCCGCCACGGGAUCCCUGCCCCCUCCCCCACAUGCCCCGCCCCCCUGUAGAGCCCCACCCCCUGACCGCCCUCCACCACGCCCAUCUCUGUAG